AUGUCCUGGGUGCAAGCUGCAGUCAGCCGAUCCAGCGAGGAUAUAUUUGAUGAAGAUGCAGAUGAGAUGUAUCUGCUGCAGAAAGAAUGGAGCAGCACCAUGAAAAAAAGAUUGAAGGAAGGCUAUAGGGAUGGAGUUGAGGCUGGGAAAGAACUUGCGCUCCAGGAGGGCUUUAAUCAAGGUUACAGGCGUGGUGCUGAGCUGAUGGUUACGUGCGGCCAGUUCAGAGGAACUCUGAAUGCUCUCUUAUCCUGGUGUCAUUUUAAUGGACAAGAUUCUGCUUUAAGUCAGAUAAAUAAUCUUCUUGACGUGGUUGGAAAGUAUGAAGAAGAUGUGCUUCAGUAUCUGAAUUCUGCCACACAACAGCCACAUCUCGGACACGUUUUAGAUUCUGUUGAGGACCUGGACCUUAAUCACACAGCUCCAGCUGGGACAGACUACAGUGACGGUAAAGCUGGAAAACAUGAAGAUGUCGGGAGCUCUGGUGGAAAUAUUUCUAGAAAUAAUGCUGAGAUUGGUUCCUUGCAGUUCGAGUGCAGUAAGGCAAAACACUGCACAGAUCCUGAAAAGUCGACCUUGGCUUGGGUUAAAAAGGAGACUAUUUGGCUAGUAGAGCAACUGGGCUUAUCGCUAGAUAUACUUCACCAUGUCCAGAAACUGGAACAUUAG